CUCUCUUCUAUACUCUGUUGGGCAUCGCUGCGCGUCAAAACAUUGCGUUUCAGCAGGACUUGCCAGGGCCGGAGAGAAGAGGAAAAUUGCCUGGGAAGGAAUGCGAAAGGAGGUUUAGUAUUGGCACUGCCACGAGGAAAACGAGGAGGUGCGACAUUUUCUAGGCUACGUGGAGAUCCGCUUUUUCUUUUCAUCAAAGGUGUGUGCCUCCCGACCCACCGCCCACCACGGCCCUCACCUGUGUGUUGCGGUGCUUCCCCUGUGAGCCGACCUGGGCUGGCAGUCCCUUCUUGCACCGCCCGCCAACACCGCCCAUGGUCAGAAUGACGCGCUCCAAGACUUUUCAGGCCUACCUGCCGAGCUGUCACCGAACCUACAGCUGCAUCCACUGCCGAGCUCACCUGGCCAACCAUGACGAGCUCAUUUCCAAGUCGUUCCAGGGCAGCCAGGGCAGAGCUUACCUGUUCAACUCAGUGGUGAAUGUCGGGUGUGGCCCUGCAGAGGAGAGAGUUCUGCUCACAGGCCUGCAUGCUGUAGCAGAUAUCUACUGUGAGAACUGCAAGACCACCCUGGGCUGGAAAUAUGAACAUGCCUUUGAAAGCAGUCAGAAAUAUAAAGAGGGCAAGUUCAUCAUCGAGUUGGCCCACAUGAUCAAGGACAAUGGCUGGGACUGAGGCCGGGACACGACAGCGGGCGGGCUGAUUGGAGGGACGCAGGGACAAACGGACGGAUGGGAGGGAGGGAGGGGGAGGGGGGUUGUGUGUGGUGGGUUAGUGUGUGACUUUGGUUUGGCUGAUUUACCAUUAACCUCUGUAACUCUCUGCCCAUCCCUCCCUACUGCACCUCUUGAUGUACACACACAGACACACAUAAACAAACACACAUCAAGGUUCCAGACAUCCCAGCUUGACAGAGAGACAGACUAGGCAGGCUUGUAAAAGCAGCUGGUUGGACUAGGUCUGGACUGGCCAGCGAUACUAGAGAAGCAGCGUCACUUCUUUUCACUGAAAUAUGAUUUGAUGACUCUGUUGAAAUGUGCUGGGAGACAUCAUCAGUGAAGUGAGGUAUUUUUCCUUCUAAUGUUCUAACCAGUUGUUAAAGUGUCAUUCGGUGGAAAUUUAACCAGAGGGAGUCCAGUUGGCGCAGCCUAGCGGGUUUCAAUGGCCUUGGUUGAAGAGCUGACGGGCAUUCACUCUGUUCCCACUGUGAAUGAGAUGACCUAAGAUGAUUAUAGCAAAUCCAGCUGAUCGGGGCCAUGCCAGCUGGGCCAGUGAUGAGGCCUGGCGCUGAGGCUUGGCACGGAGGCCCGAGCACAUGGGCGUUGUGGGUUGUGGCUGGGAGGUGGGUGCAGGGAUCGCCGCCCACCGAGCAGGCUGCUCACUCAACACGGUGGGGAGGGAGCAGCAGGCAGGCAGGGGUGAGGGAAGAUCCUGAUCCAGUUAAGCACUGGCUUUGAUAGCUUUCUGGCUAGGAUCCACUCCAUGUCUUGCCAGCGAUGCAGCUCAGGACGGGCAGGGUGAGCACAGAGUGAAAGAGAUACAGUCAGACAGCCCCCAGCUUGUCCUAAAACCUCGCAGGAAUUUGCCCUGCACAGCAACAGCAAUCCAGGUCCCCAGGGUUUUAUUCAUCCUUCGAUACAUCGAGUUGUGUAAAGUGAUCUGCUGAUCUUCCCCGUGUAUGCCUGGUGUCUGGACGCAUCAGUGCGUCCACCUUUGUUACUUGGAAGUUAGAAUUACAAAACAUAAGUGUGUCUCAGGUGAACAACUUUGGCUGGGAUUUUCCAAAGGUUUGAAAGUGCUGUCAGCAUCUUUCUGCUGUCAUAGGUCAAUGAGAAAAUGGUCUGCAGCAUCAGGGUGACAGUAUCGAGGAAAUACACAAACAACAUACGAUAUAAUUUGGAGAAACAUAUGACCAAUUUGGGUAAAGAUGAACUCACAAAAGGACAUUCUAAUUUGUACUGAAGUUAAGCGGUUUUCAGCCGAUCGCAGAGGUCUGUUCUGUAGAUGCAUUUCACUCUUAGGCUCUCUUUCAGUCUGGGAUGGCUGCUGUUUAACUGCUGUUAAACUGAUCUUCACUAACUGGCUGCAACAAAACCACACUUUGGUUUGUUUUUUUCUUAUUUUGUACCAACACUGCCCACCUACAAAAGCUUAGUAAUGUUUUUCACUGACAUUAAUAGGUACCAUUGGGAAACACAAGUACCCUAAUGGUAAAAAUUAGUGUUGUACCUCAACUUUCUUUUGCUAAUGCUACUUAAUGUGCUGGACAUGUUCUCUGAUGCUUAAUUUUCAAACAGCUGCCUCCAUCCUUCCAAACAACAUUAAUGCAUGCACAGAUUACAAGUGUAUUGGACAGGGUUUUUUUUUUGCCACAUUUUCAUUACGUUUUUGUAAAGACAACAAUUUGUGUGUCCUAGAGUUGCGAAGGCACUGUAUGCUGUAAUAAUUCGUAGCUGCAUCUAAUCCAUUUCAUCUGGGUGCAUUGGAGCAGCUUCACAGAUAGGAUGCUCCUGCGUUUGUUGCCCUAUGUGUUGCACAUUGUUUACUGUGUUUGUGAACAUUGCUCUCUAGAAGUUGCCCUGUAUUUGGUGAGUCCUCUUCCAAACUCUCCAGUUACAAUUAAACAGACUAACUUCAUUUCUCUAAAACUCUGCAGCUGACUGCUUAUUCAAGGCUGUGACAUAAAACCCAGCACAACCAAAGAACCCACCCAUUAACAAUAAAUUGACCAAACAAUUUUUUUGCUUGGGCAAAGUGUUGCAAAACAAGGGGGUGUGUAUAGCUGAAAGCCAAGGUUGUGGAUAGCCUUUCUCUGUGAUAUAUAUAUAAUGCAUUAUGAUUUUGUAAACAAAAGAUCUUAAUAUAUAAAUAUAUUCUAUUUACUGUAUUCACCAUGAGGAUUAUCAUCCAUGUCAACGUCUGUGUUACAGACUGUAAAUAGCGUUAUGGUAUUGUGUUUUAUCUAUGAUCCAUACGAUGAUGAAUGAAUAUGAUUUAGGUCAUGUCAUGCUUUCUCUCUGGUACCCCACAUUGGCUGUACGAUACUACUUUUUUACUGAAAAUGUUUCAAUUUUAAUGUCUUUUGUAAAGGAGGAUGCUGAUGUUGACUAUAUAUCAUUGGAUCUUCAUCUAAUAAAAUGCACCUUGAUAUCGGUAUGGAA